GUAAACUGUUCAACAAUCAGCUAACUAACCAUGGCACCAGUAAUAGAAAUCAUUACCGAAAGGGCAACCCUUGGAGAAGGGCCCCAUUGGGAUGAAGCUUUGCAGUGUCUUUACUACGUGGACAUAUUCGGCCAGACCAUCAACAAGUUCGUACCAUCUACUGGGGUACACACCAAGGCAAAAAUAGAGGGUGGUCCUGUAACUCUGGUAAUACCUGUAGAAGGUACUGACGAUACUUUCUUGGUUAGCAUUGGUAGGAAAUUAUUGACGGUUAAAUGGGAUGGUGUUAGCGACAAGGUAAGCAAUGUAAAGGAAAUCAUAGAAGUUGAAAAGGAACCUGAAGUCAUUAAUAACAGGUUCAAUGAUGGUAAAGCUGAUCCAACCGGAAGGUUAUGGGCAGGUACUAUGGGCCCAGAACCAGAAAUAGGAAAAUUGGAAAAGGAAAAAGGUACUCUUUAUACUUUGGUGGGUAAAAACACUGUAAAAGUACAUCUUACCAAAGUUAGCAUUGCUAACGGUUUGGCAUGGAAUAUAAAACUGAAGAAAAUGUAUUACAUUGAUUCUCCUAGAAGAACUGUGGAUCAAUACGAUUAUAAUAUGGAAAAAGGCGAAAUUUGUAAUCGCAAGCCAAUUUUUAAUUUGGACCAUCACGAUAUUCCCGGUGUUCCUGAUGGUAUGACAAUUGACACUGAUGGUAACUUAUGGGUUGCUGUAUUCGAUGGUGGAAGACUUCUACAUGUUAACCCAAACAACUCUGAACUGAUAACAACCAUCAACUUUCCAGCAAAACAAAUUACUGCUGCGGCCUUUGGUGGUCCAAACCUGGAUGAGCUCUUCGUCACCAGCGCUCAGUUGGUUGUGAAAGGUCAGAAGCAACCUCAUCCAGCCGGAGCUGUCUUUAGGGUUACCGGUCUCGGGGUUAGAGGAGAACCCGGGGUUAAAGUUAAAAUCCCUAAGUAAUUAAGGAUUAUAUUUUAAACCUACGUAGGUACAUUAGUAGGCAUGAAGCAUUGUUUUAUUUCUGAAAUAAAAAUGAUUUGAACUA